AUGAGCGACACCACCAGCAACAACGAGGCCUCAUCGCCAACCUUUGAGAAGCCCGUCAGGACCAGCUCUGCUGGCCCUCAAAUUCAGCGGAAUGCUAGCACGAAGCAACUCAAGCUUAUGAACGGCCCCCUUUACCAGCAAGGACACAACAACGUCAACGUCGUGCUCAUCCGACGGGUCAGGAGGACAGACGACAGCGCUUGGAAGAUGUUGAGCCGGUGGAUGGUCGAGAACCAAGUCGGUCUCUCUUUCAACCUUCUGGCCCUCCUUUUCCUCGCCCACUUCUUCAUCCCGAAGGCGCAACCUCACACGAUCAAGUUCUUCACCCUCUCAUACUACAACCAAGAAACCGGCCAGUAUGGCGCCGGUCUCGGUGAUUCCUGUCUCCUCGCUUUCUGCAUCAUUCUCUUCACCGGUCUGCGCGCCGCGACCAUGGAAUACGUUCUGGCACCCCUGGCCAAGGGAUGGGGUAUCAAGAAGCGCAAGGAUCUCACACGCUUCAGCGAGCAGGCCUGGCUGUUGGUUUACUACAUGGUCUUCUGGCCCCUGGGUAUGUACAUCUACAAGACUUCGCCCUACUGGUUGAAUCUCAGAGAGCUCUGGACGAACUGGCCGCAGCGUGAGCUCUCCGGCCUCAACAAGUUCUACAUCCUGGCGCAGUGGGCUUUCUGGCUCCAGCAGAUUCUUGUCAUCAACAUCGAAGACCGCCGCAAGGACCACUGGCAGAUGUUUACUCACCACAUCAUCACUUGCACUCUGAUUUCCGCCUGCUACAGCUACCACCAGACUCGCGUCGGAAACCUGAUCCUCGUCCUCAUGGAUGUUGUCGACCUCUUCUUCCCUACGCAGCUCGCCAAGUGUCUCAAGUACGUUGGACUGAACACCCUCUGCGACUUCAUGUUCGGUGCCUUCGUUCUGUCAUGGCUUAUUGCCCGCCAUGUCUUCUACCUGAUGGUCUGCUGGUCUAUCCACACCCACAUCCCCGAAGAAAUUCCCGACUCGUGCUACACCGGCCAGCAACCCAACCUGGUUGGCCCGCUGCCUGUUCCCGAGGGUAAGAGCUGGAUGUUGGAGCCCUUUUACAAGUCGGAUGGCAUGGUUUGCUGGAACUCUACCAUUCGCUGGUCGUUCCUGAUCCCACUCCUCGCUCUGCAACUCAUCACCAUUGGAUGGUUUUUUAUGAUCCUUCGCGUCGUCAACAAGGUCCUUCGCGGCGGAAACGCUGAGGAUGUCCGCAGCGACGACGAACUCGAAGGCGAGGAGGAGGGCGAUUACGUCUAUGAGGAGGAGGUCGCUCUUGAGGAGGAGGUUGGCGUCGAAGAUAUCGACCUCAAGAGCUGGGAGCGGAGAACGGGCAUCAAGAGACAAGCAAGUUCUUCAGGCGUGAGCCUACCCGGCCACAGCGACCGCAAGGAGCUGCUUGGUAGAAUCGGCUGCGAAAAGCAGGUCGACUAA